AGCUGCUGUAACAGGAAGACAGUCCGUUUGUGCAGACUUUCCAAAGUAUCUCUUCUCGGAAAUAUUCUGUCUUUUGACAGAAAGUUUUUUUUUUUUUUUUCUUUUUUAAAAAGAAUGUCUAAUUUUUCACCUGAGGAUGAAGCACUGUUGCAGUCUAUGGUCAAACAGUUAUUGCAGAGUGUGAAGGAAAGACUGGCCAAUACACCAUCUGUUGAAUGUGCUGAAGAAAUCCUUCUUCAUCUGGAAGAGACUGAUGAACAUUUUCACAACUAUGAACUUGUUAAGUACCUCAGACAUUACAUUAAAAACUCCAUGGGAUCUGUCAUUGAAGAGGAAACAGAGAAAUGUACACUUGCUCAAAGCCAAGGAGAGGUAUCAGGGUUUGACACUCUUGUGCAACACGUCACCAGAAGGACGCGUGAAUCAAAAGAGUAUUCAGAGAUGAUGCACUCUCUCAAGAAUGUUAUGAUGGCUGUUGUAGAAACACUUCUCAACAAAUUUGAAGAAGAUCAGGCCAGAAAUAGAGAAAUGCAGAAGAAAAACCUUCAUGAGCAACAUACCAGUCGUUACACUGAUAACUGCUCAGACAGUGAUUCCUCUUUCAAUCAGAGUUACACAUUUAUGAACCAAGAACAAUUGCAGCUUAUAGCCGAGCAGCUGGAUCCUAACCAACCUGAAGAGGUGCGCAAAGAAGCUAUACAAACUCUCUGUUUUGCUCCUCCUUCUGAUGUUCUCAACUGUGAAUGUUGGAAUGUUCUUCAUAAGAACCUCACUUUAUCUCUUGCAGAUCCAGACUCGGCAUUUACAGAGAAGAUUCUGCGCUUUUAUGCAAAAACAUUUUCAUCAUCACCGCUGAAUAUGGCAAAAGAGAUUUAUACUAGUUUAGCCAAGCAUUUGGAAUUGUCAUUUAAAUCUAGAGAAUGUCCAAAAGCUACAUUAUCUACUGGUGUUGAUAUAACCAACCAGGAUGUUGUUCAUUUGCUGAAAAAGAUUCGACUUUUAAAUGACUACCAGAAGGAAGCUCCUUCUUUUUGGAUUCGGCACCCAGAAAAAUACAUGGAAGCAAUUGUGGAGAGCACUUUAUCACUUUUAUCAGUUAGUCAAGAUUCAAGCUUGCCUUCACAGUCGUUUCUGAACCCAGUUUUUUACUUGGCACUUAUUGAUACCAAAGCUGUAUGGUUUAAAAAAUGGAUGCAUUCUUACUACAGUAGAACUGUGGUGUUACGACUCCUAGAAAAGAAAUAUAAAUCUCUGAUUAUUGCAGCUAUAGAGCAAUGCUUCUAUUACUUUGAAUCAUCCCAAUCAGCAGCUGAAGACCAUCCUAGAACAACAAUGGCUUCUUGGCAAUAUUCUAGCACCAAACAGAAGACAUUGUACACCAAAAGAGAAUUACAUUAUUUAUACUUUGUUCAUUCACUUAGUCUUCUAGGAAGAGUAUUGAUAUAUAAGCAUGGAAGGAAAUUGUUCCCUGUGAAACUGAAGAAUAGAAAAGAAUUGGUUUCUCUUUCUGAGCUGGUGGUAUUAUUUACUAACAUCAUGCUGUACUGUCCUAAUGACCAAACUAGGACACUUGGAGCCUUUGCUGGAAGCUAUGCUCCUUCAAGCUUAGCUAUGGAAGUACUCAGGAUGCUUUGUGAUCGCAAGGAAUGUGCCAAUGAAUGUUUAUUUACUGGAGCAGUUAUUGAUUCCCUUCUGUCUCCAGUACAAAAGCUUUUGAAAGGAAAAAAGAUUCAUCAGAACUGUGAUGAAAUUGCUUUGACAUAUAUUGCUGAUAUUUUAGCAAGAAUUGCAACUGUUGAAGGAGGACUUUCUAUUCUUCUUUAUGGGGAAAAUGUAGAGAGCACAAAAGACAGCUAUGGGGCUGCUCACACUAUUGCACAGUUUUCUAAGAAGGUUCUCAUUGAAGAUAUUCCUGUAUUAUCCGAAUCAGAAAUGAUGCCUGCUUUGAAAGGAUCUUUCAUAUUUGUGUGUCGCCAAAUAUAUCACACGUGUGAAGGACUGCAGGUGUUGCUUCCCUAUAAAUUACAUGAAUGCAUUGCUGAUGCUUGGAAAAAGACCGUUUUGCUCUCAGAACGAACCCCAACACCUGUAGCUGGAACUUCUUCACUUACAGCUGAAACUCAGGAAUCGCAGGUAAUGGUCUGGGAGGAAUCCUUGCUAGACAACCUGCUAAAUUUUGCCGCUACACCAAAAGGACUUCUGCUUCUUCAACAAACUGGAGCCAUCAAUGAGUGUGUAACUUACAUGUUCAGUCGAUAUACAAAGAAACUCCAGGUUAGCAGAUGUGAGAAGUUUGGUUAUGGUGUCAUGGUUACACAAGUUGCAGCCACAGCACCUGGAGCACGUGCUCUACAAAAAUCAGGCUUUAUCCAGGCUCUUGUCACUGAUCUGUGGGCUGUUUUAGAAUGUGGAAGAGAUGACAUCAGAGUAAUUCACCCUAAGCCUAUUCCUGUUGACCCAAUAGAUAGAAGCUGUCAAAAGUCUUUUCUAGCCUUAGUGAAUUUACUGUCGUCCUACCCAGCUGUUUAUGAACUAAUAGGCAAGCAUGAAUUACCUUCAAAGGAUGAAUAUUCCCUACGUGAAGUUCCCACUUCUUUUGAUGAUAUUCUUGACAGACUUGUUAUUAUUAAUUCAGAUGCUAAAAGGAAUUCUCUCUUUAACUAUGAACAGUCGCACACUUUUGGUUUAAGAUUGCUGAGUGUCCUGUGUUGUAACCUUAAUACCCUGCUACUUUUAGAAUCACAGUUCAAAGUAAGCGAGAUGCUUUUGAAUGAUCAGAAGGAAAACACUAUUGAAUCAUCCAGUGGUUCGAGAAAUGUCAUUAUUGAUGGUUUGUCAGUGGAGAGAAACCAUAUACUUAUUCGAAUGAACUUAAUUGGAGGACCCCGUGAGCGUGUUUUACCCCCCAGAGCUUUACUUCACAGUAAUGAUCCGUAUCCUUGGCCAAUGUUUUCAUCCUAUCCUUUGCCAAAGUGUUAUAUUUUGGAAAUUCCUUUGAAGGAGGAAGUCAAAAAAGAUGACAUCUUCAAGUUUUUAUAUAACAAUAAUGAAGACACUAAAAAUUGGAUAGAUAACUGCAAAAAAAUUGUUUGCAAAACAAUCAAGACCAAACCUCAUGCCAUUGGAGGAGCAAUUUACGGAGAGUUGUUAAACAAAUAUGUACUACAUCUUUCUGAGAACCCGUCAAAUAUUUUUUUCAAAAACUCAGAAUACAAAGAUGCAUAUGUUCAAGACGCACCCCUUUCUGCCCUUCAACAGCUCGGUGUAAAAAUGGCAAUCAGGUACGGUAGACACCUAAAUAUUUUGAAAAGCAGCAGUGAAAAGGAUCUUACUGAAAUACUGAAACAAUGUGAACAAUUUUUGAAACAACAACAAAAUGCUACCACCUCUCAUCUCUCGUUUUUGCAGAAUGGUUAUCCCGGAUAUGACUGGUUUGUAUCUUCUGUGUUCCUUUUAAUGUUAGGAGACAGUAAGAAAACAUUAACAUUUCUGCUGAAAUUCUCCGGUCUUCUUGUCUCUGCAUAUCUUUGGUUGCCACGACUUCACAAAUCUAAACAUUUGCCUGCUGAUAUUGCAGAAUCUGGAAUCCAUCCAAUAUACUUUUGUACUGCUCAUUACAUUGAGAUGCUGAUGAAGGCAGAGGUGCCACUUGUCUUUUCAGCGUUCCGCAUGUCUGGCUUUACUCCAUCACAGAUAUGUCAACAUUGGUUAAGUCAGUGCUUCUGGAAUUAUUUAGACUGGAUUGAGAUCUGCCAUUAUAUCGCUGUAUGCACCAUUCUUGGACCUGAUUACCAGGUGUAUUUUUGUGUAGCAAUAUUCAAACAUUUACAUCAAGAAAUCCUACAACACACACAAACUCAAAAUCUACAAGUUUUUCUAAAAGAAGAAGCUAUCCACGGAUUUCAAGUUGGCAAUUACCUGGAAUACAUGGAAGGUCUAGAACAGAUGUAUCGACCAAUGGUAUUAAAAGAAAUGAGUAAAUUUGCACUUCACUGAAAUGAUAAAAUCAUCUACUUAGCUAGCAGAUUCUCUUGAAAGGGAUACUUUACAAUUUAAAAUAAAGGGCAACAAAUUGUAUAUAUAUUUUUUAUAUUGUAUGUAUUUAAUAAGCAGUGUUAUUCAGUUAUUUACCUAAGUCAAAUUAGAGUUUUGAGACAAAUGCCUUUUAUAGGUCACGUUUUCGGGGAUACAGUGAAAUGGAAUAAAGGACACAGAAAACACAUGUUGAAAUAUGUUCAUACAAUAGGUAUUUGUGAAAUGCUUACUUUUUAGUAAAUGUUGCUUGGCUUCUGAACUGCUGUGAUAUAUUUUUGACUUUGUAAAAAAUAAAAUUUUAUAUUUACCCAUGUA